AUGGGAAUUAGGCCUCCAUGUUGCGAUAAACUGAACGUCAAGAAGGGGCUUUGGACGGCAGAAGAAGACGCCAAGCUUCUCGCAUACGUCUCCACGCACGGAACUGGUAACUGGACUAACGUUCCAAAGAAAGCAGGGUUGAAGAGGUGUGGAAAGAGCUGUAGAUUAAGAUGGACGAAUUAUUUGAGACCAAAUUUGAAGCAUGAAGGGUUCACCCCACAAGAGGAGGAGCUAAUUGUCACCCUCCAUGCAACAAUAGGAAGCAGGUGGUCUAUAAUUGCGAACCAGCUCCCCGGUCGAACCGAUAACGAUGUGAAGAACUACUGGAACACGAAGCUGAGCAAGAAGCUGGCCCUCAACGGCAUCGACCCCGUCACCCACCGCCCUAUCUCCGAGAUCAAGCAAAGUAUAACCACCCUCCACAUCGCCGCCGCCACCGCCGCCAUCUCCACCCAACCGUUUUCCUCCGCCGCUGGCGUCGGCCUCUACGACUCCCGCCUCACCACCCUCAACCGCGACCUCAAAAAAAUCCUCCUUUCACAUUCCACCCCGCCGCCACUCGAACCUGCAACUCUUCCAGCACAUUGGAACGAAGUCAACCGAAACGCUGCCGGAGUACGUGCACUUCCGCCCGCGCCGCCGACACUGCAGGAACUCGAAUGGAUUCAGUUUCUGGCGGAGGAUGCUUUCUCGUGCCUUGAGGAACAAGAUGCUUGUCGUGCGCCGUCGUUCGUUGCCGUUGACGCUGAUUUUGGCGGCUUGGAGGAGGCGGCCGAUGGGCCGAGUUCAUUUAUUGAGCAAAUACUCGAUCGAGAUCGGGAGAUUAUGUCGGAGUUCGCCGGUUUUGUUGGCGGUCAUUAUUAUUUUUAA